AUGGAGGCAGAGCCGUGCAGUGGUAGUAGCUCAGUAGUGGACAAGAAGAGAAAAAGGAAGAGGGAGGAGAGUAAUAGAAAUGUUUCAAAUCUUGGGAUGGAUAAAGAGAAUUAUUUUCCAGAGAAAAAUUCAUCGUUGAAUGUGAUUAUUUCUUUACCUUCCCCAGCUGAUUCAAGCUCAGCCCUGCUGAAUGUGAUUAUUUCUUUACCUUCCUCAGCUGAUUCUAAGGCUCAGCCAUGCAAUGAAUUAAAUCCUUUACCUGCAAACAGAAAGAAGAAGAAAAAGAAGAAGAAAAGAAAGAUCCAGGAAACAAGCACUACUCAAGGUGAUACUGGUGCAGAAGUCCCAUGUUCUGUACUGCAAGCUAAUGAGCUGGACGUUAAAUAUAAUAUAACAUGUUCCUCUGGCAAUUCCCAUCAAAUAUUGGAACAUGAGAAGAUCCGACCAACUGGUGACGCAAACUGCCUUACCAAAAGGCAAAUGAAAAGAAGGAGAAGAGAAAGUUGUGGAGGAGGGAAAAAAGAGGCAAAAGCCAAGGAGAAGGUCUCUGGGAAGAGUGAUACGCUCACUAAAAUCCCAAAUGAUGUUCCACAAAUCGCUGAAUUGGAUGAAAAUACUCUGAAGGAAUUUUCCUCGACCUGUGUUAAGCAAAGCGACAUUGAGAAGAAUUUGUGUUCAUUAGAAAAAGAAGAUGUACAUGGAGAAGCUCAUACCUUAUUGAGUGAUUUCAGCAGUAUGAGUACCUCUUCAAAGAAGAAAAGUGUCAAAAAGCUCAAAACCGAUCAUAGGAAAAAACCAUCAUCAAAGUUAACAACAGGAAGUGCGGACAUUUCUGAGGACCUUGUACAUAAAGAGACUUCCUUUCAUUCUGAUGAAGCUCGCAUCUCUCGUCUUUCAGACAGUAAACCAGAACAAGUAGAAGAAAGGAUACAAGUUACAUUAGCGCAGGCUUCCAUAAAAACUUCGAAAGCAGGGGCUUCAGUUGAUUCUGGGCGUGUUUCUUCGUGA